UCUGUUUGUAUUUUAGGUUUGCCAGGACUAAUGAAUUAAAACAUUUGGACUCUCCACGACUUGCUGUUUAUCAAUGCCUCUGACAGGAGGAGGGAUUUCUUUUGCUCUUGCUUUUUCUAGAAGCAUGACAACAUCCUGGCUGUUGGAGAGACAAGGAAAAGAGAGUGGGGUCGUGGAGGGAAGUGCAACAGGGAGGCCCCGUGGGACGCCGGAGUCUGGGGGACAGCAGGUAGCAGCGAGCCGCCCUCCCAGCUGUCACUGCUCCUCAGAUUGUCAGCGGCUGCUAUGCGGCAGGUGCAGCCUGCUCUGCCACUAGGUCUGUACUCCACAAAGGCAACGACCGGCCAAGGCAGUGGCUGGCCCUCGAUUACACAAGUGCAGACACUCAACUAAGUGAGCUGGAAGACCAGGAGGAAGGCCAAGGCUCAGGUGCCCACAUGAUCAGCACAGCCAGGGUACCUGCAGAUAAGCCAGUACGCAUUGCCUUCAGCCUCGAUAAUGCCUCAGAUGAUACAACUCCUGAAGACGCCAUUCCUCUGGUCUUUCCAGAAUUAGACCAGCAGCUACAGCCUCUGCCGCCUUGUCAUGACUCCAUGGAAUCCAUGCAGGUGUUCAAACAGCACUGCCAGAUAGCAGAAGAAUACCGUGAAGUUAAAAAGGAAAUCGCCCUGCUUGAGGAAAGAAAAAAGGAGCUCAUUGCCAAGCUGGAUCAGGCAGAAAAGGAGAAGCUGGAUGCCGCUCAGCUGGCUCGGGAAUUUGAGGCACUGACGGAGGAGAAUCGGACAUUGAAGCUGGCCCAGUCCCAAUGUAUAGAACAACUGGAGAAACUUAGAAUACAGUAUCAGAAGAGACAGGGCUCGUCCUAACUUGAAAUUAUUCAAUGUGAGCAUAAGAGGUUGGUGGCUGCUAUGCACUGGCCAAAAGAUUUUUAUUUUAAAGGGAUAGUGAGUAAAAUCUAUUGCUUCUCCUUAUUACCCACAUGGCCAACGUCUAUACUAACAAGUUUAAUGCUUGCCUGAUAUAGUUUGAGAGAAGGGUUAUUUUAUUUUAAAGAAGGUAAUUGAAACAAACCUAUUACCAGAUGUUUUCAGAGAUCAUAAUUCGUUUCCAAAGAUAUUUUUUUUUCUUAUUUAGCAAGAUACGAUCAUACUGUAGAUCUGGGUAGAAAAUGAUAGAAAUAGAACAUUGACUGAUUCUACUAAGAAUCAUGAACAGAAUUCAGCCAUGAAACAAACUAGUAAGAUGCUCACUGCAGUUUCUUAUCUGUGUAUUUUAAAAUUUCACAUCUUCAAUAUUUCUACGGUGCUCUAAUCUGAACUGUCAGAAACUUCUCCAAAUAUAUUUAUGUUCACCAGAGUUAGGUUUAAUCCCUCAAUGAUUGAUUGUACUAAGAAUAAAUGGUUGCACAUCAUAAAAGCUUUCUCAUGAAAAUAUUAGCGGAAAGCAUGUUUGUGCCAGAAGCACAUUUGCCAGUGCUAACUUGCUGUUGUAAUAAAAAGCUGAUAAGGCUGUAUUUUCUCCAUGCUACGUUACCUCGUGGUAAACAUCUCUGCCUUUGCUUGUGUGUGUUCUGGGAGAAAUGGAAAAGUAUUGUUUGGACAUUACCUUGGUGAGUUCCCAUGAAAACAGCCCAGUAAUUUGAACAGUAAAAUUCUAACUAUUACUCUGUUUUGGAUUUAAGGAGAUGUUUUGGAUCAAUGAUUAAUAAGAAUAUAUGAGUAAAUUUAAGAUUAAAAUGAUUUUUUCCCUUGUUCUAUCUAUCACCAUAGUUUUCCAAAUUGAUCUCUUUGUUUUAUGUCCAUUUCUAUUCCUGUAACUUCUUUUUCAUUAAACAUAGAUCAA